AUGGGCGAGGGAUUCUUCGUGCCCUACCUGUACAUGCCCAGCGCUGGGGCGAGCUACAUGAAGCUGGUGACGCCAUGGGGGAAUAUCCACAUGAACAAGGCCUUUUUGGAGCAGGUAGGGGUCAGUAUUGCGGUGGUCGUUUUGACGGUGAUGCUUUGGCGGUGUGCCGCACGACUCAACGCGACGCUCAAGAAGACUGACGCGAUUAAGCAAGGAGAACACAGCUACUACUACACGUAUCAGCACGGUGAGGGCAAUGAUGGCAGCGGGCUGAAGACCAUGGUGUCGUCCUACGGCUGGAGCGACCACAAGAAGACUGUCAGCAUUUACUUAGCGGACAACGUCGUCAAGGACAUGAAGGAAGAUCAACUGGUUUUGAAAUGGACCAACACAUCGCUGUCGAUGGAUCUGCUAAAAGCGACUGACGGCGACCUGGCUAAAAGCCUGAAGAUCUCGUCCUUGUUCCAGGAGAUCAGAGAUGCGACGUGGAAGGCGAAUAAGGAUACGCUUACUAUAACACUGACGAAGGCACAGGAUCUGCCGUGGACAUCCUUGAACGAAGCUGCCAAGAAGAUGGAGGACCACAUCGAGUACGAUGACGCCUUUUACGAUUAA